AUGGAGGCGGGUACCGCUGGUCUGAGAUUACAGCUAUGUUCUCUGAUUCCCGGUGAGAGGAGUGGGAUCGUGGGUGGACUUCCGGACCACAGCACCAGCACCUUGCAGCUUCCUCAGAGAUGGCCGGCCGCGGAGGACACGUCGAAUGUCGAAAGGCUCAGCCUCACCCAUUCAAGGCGUACCCGCUUGGUGAGUCGAAAUGGGCGCUCCGAUACGAGACUCUCCUCUCUGUACAAGAAAUCUGGAGGUAAGAGAGCUUUGCGGUUUUACGCUAUAUCAGCUUCUAAUUGGACCAGAGCCGUGAUAUAUAUUGUGAAGCAUUUCAUCUUAACUUAUUUCAAUUUUUGACGACUUACAGAGUCGAAACCCAGAUUAUCCUAGUUAAUAUGGUAUUUUGGUUUCGAAUUAAUUUCAUGAAAAUUUAAACCAAUCUUACCUGGAGCUUUUUCAGUUGAUGAUUUAUAUGGUUCCACAGAUCAAUUGUUUUGGUAUAUGUAAUUCUAUCUUCAGAAAAUGUAUGGUAUUAUUUUACUUUUACGACAGUUGGAAUUAGUCUGUCCAAUCGUAAUAUUUCUCUCCCUUCAUCCUUCUGUGACGUUGGCUUUGAAGCCAAUUUUCUGUCUCUCGAGUAUGCAGCUUUUGCUUUUCUAAUAGUUAUCAAAGAUUAUAGGGUGACUGAUGAUUCGAUUAAUCUGCUGCUUUGGUGUAUGGCAUUCUCUCUGUUAAUUUUUUUUUCAUUCUGUUAAUUAUAUUCAUGCUUCUGGUACCAGAUUUUCUAUAUUAAUUAAUUUAUUUGCUUGGAUUUCUCCUCUAUUCUUGCAACAGCGCUCUUUUCUCACAUUAAACAUGCAAAUUUGUCGACAAGUCUUUAAUUAUUCAGCUCGAAAACCAAGUUCCAUAAUCUUCAGUUCGUCAAAAAUACUAUCAUUCAUUUCCUCUGACUACAAAAACUUGGCAUUCUUGUGCUAGAACAUUUAACUACUUGAUUGUGCCAAUUGAAACUGCUGGGAACCGAAUGGUUUGCCUCGAUCACAUUAAAAUUACCCUUCUAAGAAGGAAAAGUGCGCACACCAUUUAUCAUUUGGAAGGCAAAUUACAACGGGCUUCACUUAGAUAAUUGCCUGUUGAUAAUAUGUUUUGGAUGUGAAAGAAGAACUGCAACUUGCAGCACAGGGGAGAUGGUAAUGAAGCCUGGUUUGAGGAUUGUGCAUUUCUUGAUGAUCAACCUGUUGAAACGAUUAUCCAUAUCAUGUUUCUUUGACCGUAUUUCAUUUUUCCCACAGUAUUUCUGGAUGAAAAUCAUUUGUCUAUGUUUGUUUCGUAUCAUAACAUCUUCUUCGCUGGGAUUUAUCUUGGCUUAAUGACACUAGUAGCUUCUUAUUCCUUGCGUAUAAUAUGGGUUUCUAAUUGUGACUGUGACCUUUUUGUUCAUUGACUUUCUGGGCUCUCGCUGACUUAUUUUCAUCCGGUGCUUCAGUAUCAGCAGUCAAUUCCGAGACCAUUCAUGCAUUGGCAGAUGAAGCUGUUCUCCUAAAGGUGCGGACGACUCCCUGUGGCAAAAAAUUCCACUUCUGUAUCUUGCUCUUUUCUUAACAACCUGAUACAGUGCUUCUAUGGUGUGCGAUGACAUGGAGAAGAGCCUAAUCUGGAAACCUGAUAUCGUAUUUCUGAUCCUCGGAAUGUUAGUUGUGAAGGCCUUGUUCUUUGACUUUAACAAAUGUCAACAUGACUGCAGAAGAAGGCAGAAGAUCUUACUCCACGCCUGAAUGAGCGGUGUAUUUAUCUCAUUGGUCCGUUUCUUCCUUUCCAUCCCUGUUUUCUGCAGCUACGAGGGACAGAUCAUGGCUCAGAUCUUAACCGCUAAACUCAUGGAAACUGCAGGGAUGAUGGGCUCCGGGAAGUCAACGGUGGGGAAGAUUUUAUCCGAAGCAUUAGGAUAUUCCUUUUUUGACAGGUUUUGAGAACGAACCGCAUGUCAUUUCUUCUGGUUUUCGCAGCUCAUUCUAGACUGAGACACCCUUUCCCCCAAUCCUGCAGUGACAAACUCGUGGAGCAGGCGGUUGGCGGAACUUCUGUGGCUCAGAUUUUCAAGCAAUACAGCGAGUCCUUCUUCAGGGAUAACGAGGUACCGGUUCUCGCUCUACUUCAGUCGCCAGGAAGAUUCUCUCUCACCCACCCAUCCGUUAUAGUUCCCCGCUAGUUACUUCCUCACGGGAUCUCUACUGCAUGGGUCAUUGGCCUCUCAAUUGUCCCAUCUUUCCAGAUUUCCUCCCUGCAAUCACCCGCCACCACAGCAGUCCGAUUCGCUAGCUCAUGAUCUUCCUAGUUCUGAGGAUUAAACGGGUAUCCUCUGUAGGAAGAACCCUGAGGGGAAACUGAUGCAGUCGAUCAAAACCAACCAUAUCUUCUGCGAUUCAUAAAGCCACCCUUAGAUCCUUGAUUUCGUGGUUAUCAUCUUUUCUUCAAGGAAACUCGUUCAACUAAUUUUCCUUCUUGCAGAGCGAGGUUCUGCACAGCCUGUCCUCGAUGCAUCGGCUGGUUGUCGCAACUGGGGGAGGCGCCGUGAUCCGCCCCCUCAACUGGUACUCAUAGCCUGGAUCUGCCAUCCUCCUCCCCCUACAUUUCAUACCGCCCUGAGUCGCUCAUGCCUUCUGCCCGAAAUAACUCCAGGAAUUACAUGAAGAAGGGGAUUACGGUGUGGUUGGAUGUUCCCUUGGAGGCUCUCGCGAGGAGGAUCGCCGCAGUGGGAACCGACUCUCGCCCGCUGUUGCAUCACGAGUCUGGUGAUCCUUACGAUAAGGUAUCCACUCGACCUCCUUCUCCUUCUUGCGCGUUGACUUCCUAUUAAAUCGUUGACUAUUUUGAUGUGACCUCACGUCAGCCCAUGGGUUAAUCCGGCUAGAUCAGUCCCAUACUGGGAAUUCAUUCAUUCUCACCGUGUAGGCUCUUGUGCGGCUGCGCAAUCUGUCUCGAGAGAGGGGAGAGGUCUACGCCAAUGCUGACGUACGAGUUUGCCUUGAGUGUAAGUUCCUGCCUCCCACUUCAUCAUUCAUGCACUUGGAAUCCUGCGAAUAUCAUUUUUCUCUUUCGCCCUUUGAUUUUGAGGCCCGAAAGACCUCCAGGUUUAUCGUACCCAUUAACACCCCUUUGUUCAUGUGAUCCACCCGCGUGUGCAGAUCUUGCGACCAAGCAGGGCCUUGGAGAUGUCUCUGCCAUCACACCCACAGCCAUCGCAACAGAGGUCUCUCUCUCUCUCUCUCUCUCUCUCUCUCUCUCUCUCUCUCUCUCUCUCUCGCUCUCGGCGUCCCUGAACCUCUGAUUUCUAUGCUGUCGUUGGCAGGCCUUAGUGGGGAUGGAGACCUUCCUGAAGAAGACGGCCUUGUUGGAAAUGCCCAGGGAUAAUCCACCCUGA